CAAUGGAAAAUCCUGAAGUGCUUGUAGGCAGCUGCAGUUCUCAGGAUGAUGAAAACUUAUACAAUGUAAAACAUAAUUCGUCAAUGUGCCAACUUUUGGAAGAUCAGUUGAGAAGGAAACUUAAAUUUUUCUUUAUGAAUCCCUGUGAAAAAUUCUGGGCCCGAGGAAGGAAACCGUGGAAGCUUGGGAUACAAAUUCUGAAAAUAGCCAUGGUUACUAUCCAGCUUGUAGUUUUUGGGUUAAGCAAUCAAAUGGUGGUUGCAUUUAAAGAAGAAAACACGAUAUCCUUUAAGCAUCUAUUCCUGAAAGGUUAUACGGACAGCAUGGAUGACACCUAUGCGGUAUACACGCAAACCGAGGUCUAUGACCAGAUCUCCUUCGCAAUAAACCAGUUCUUACAGCUGCGUACUAUUUCUGUUGGAAAUCAUGCCUAUGAAAAGAGAGGAUCUGAAGAGAUGCCCAUGGCAAUAUGUCAGUACUUCUACAAGAGAGGAAUUAUCAGCCCUGGAAAUGACACUUUCGAUAUUGACCCAGAAAUUGAAACUGAGUGUCUUUAUGUGGAGCCAAUACUGCCUCUGGAAAAUGGGACACUGAGGAAAACUCCUCUCAAUUUAACUUUAGACUUCCAUAGACUUGUGACUCUGACACUCACGUUCAAACUGAAGGCCAUUAAUCUCCAGACUAUUCGACAACAUGAACUCCCAGACUGCUAUGAUUUCACACUAACAAUAGUCUUUGAUAACAAAGCUCAUAGUGGAAGAAUUAAAAUAAGCCUAGACAAUGAUAUUGCCAUCAAGGAAUGCAAAGACUGGCAUGUUUCUGGAUCAAUACAGAAGAAUACCCACUACAUGAUGAUCUUUGAUGGUUUUGUCAUACUGACAUGUCUUGCAUCACUGAUUCUCUGCACACGAUCUGUAAUUAAAGGGAUUUAUCUACAAAGGGAAUUUGUGACUUUUUUCCAACAUCACUAUAAGAAAGAAGUAUCUUUCUCUGAUCUGAUGGAAUUUGUCAAUGGCUGGUAUAUCAUGAUCAUUGUUAGUGACCUUCUUACCAUACUUGGUUCUACAUUAAAGAUGGAGAUACAAGCUAA